ACAUCAUCUGCAAAACGCCGUUAUUCAAAAGCAGAAGAAGAAGAUAGUUGCGGGAAAACUAAAGCGGAUGAUUGCUGUGUUAUUAACCUCAGACUGCAAGAAAAAAAAAGCUUCUAAAAAUCACCAUGAAAACCCCAAAGGCUACAGAUGUCAAAAAGGGGAUAUCAGUCCUUUGGGAGACUCUGCAGUGUCCCAUAUGCUUGGAUUUAAUGACAGCACCGGUAUCUACUAAGUGUGACCAUCAGUUUUGCAAAUUUUGUAUGAUGAAACUUUUGGACAACUCUAAACAAAACAGGGCCAACUGUCCAGUGUGUAAAACCAAGAUAACCAAAAGGAGCUUGCAGGAGAGCCCUGGGUUUCAGAGACUUGUAGCAGGAUUGCAGGACAUGAUACAAGCAUACGAACAAGACACCGGCGCAAACUACUUCACUGGAAUGUCCCUGCAAGAGAAGCAAUCAGGUGUCAUGGAUGCCGAAGCUACCAAACAUCCUCAUAAUAUGUCAUGUGAAGAUACACCUGUCACUGACCUUGAUAAUGUGGAAAAUGCAGACCGCGAUGAUCUUCCAAGGUCCCACUCUUCGACUAUAGCAGCCCAGAAUGGAUUUGCAAAACUCAUGGGACUUGAAGACUCGACUCCUGUGAUGACAGAAAAUGAAGGCCUGGACAGUGGCCUUGGUGACGCCCCACCAACUUCUGACAAGAAAAUGCACAACACUACAGAUAAUUUGGAACCAAUAGAAACACAAAUGUCAGAAGUUGUGGAAAAGGCAACAUCAACACAAAAAACAAGAGGCAAAAUGAGAUUUGGCAAAUUGGAAAACGCCUCUCUUCAUCUAUCAGUAAUUUCAGACGAGACCAAAUAUCAACCUUUAAGAAAGUCUUCACGGAAGAAGCAGAAAAAGGAUUUGGAGACUGACAAGAUUCUUGAGCAGAAACAGAAGAAAAGUCUUGAGAAAGUUGCUGAGUGGCUCAUGAAAGUUCCAACUGAAGGAAGUCUCGAGUUAGAAAAGCCAGACGAAGACGCUAAUGACUCUGACAGCUGUUCUUCCACUUCAACAAUAGAUGUCAAACAACACAUUAGCGACGUAAAUCCUAAGAGAGAGGAUCGUGGUAAAGCCCUUGAAGAGCAGGUGUUCGGAGCCGUCUACAAACGAGACAGAAGAGGAAACAGAAAUAAGUCUCUUCCACGUCAUGUUUUUCUCGAUCCAUCAACACGAAGAAAACAGAAAACAGGCUCUGAGGAUAAAAAUGAAAGUGACUUUGGGGAAGAGCGACAAUUAACAGUAGAAGUAAAUGAUACCAGCAGUGAUGUUUUUAAAGAAGCAGAACAGAUGGAAGUCAUGGAGGAAAAUUAUAAAGCCAAAUAUGGGGAAGAGUUGAACAAUUUGCCAGAAAGUGACAAAAAUAAGGGAAAAGAUGGGGUUCCCUGUCCUGUGUCUGAUAUUGAACAACAGCAACAGGACAGAAAGACAAGGAAAAGGAUGCGUAACGCUCUGCAGCAGGUUGACAGUGAUUUACAAGAGCAACCUGAGGCAAAGUCAGAAAGUACUGAGCAAAAGAAAGCUGACAAGAGGAAAGGUAAAAACCCAAGGUCCGAAAAAGGCAAGCCUGCUAGAGUGCCGAAGCCGCUUGUUCUGGUUGGAGUUCAAAAUGGAGAGACCAGUCCAAAGACUAGACCAAGACCAGAAGAUGUUCAAGUACAAAUUGAAAACUAUCCUAGCAGCGAGGACAAAGAGACCCCUAUUUUGAGGAGCACCAGGAGAAGUAGAAGGCUUCAACUCUUUGCUGAGGAAGUCAAGGAAGGUCACAAGAAAGAAAACUUGAAAGCCAGUGUAGCUGAAAAAGACAGCACUGUUGCAAAGCAGUCGGAGGUAGUUAAAGGUGGAACAUUGGAUAAAAUGGCAUCAGAUAAGAAUGGAAACAUGACGAAGGUGGCCAAAAGAAAUGGAUGUAUUUAUGAUCAAGAUUUAGGAGGAAUUGAAAACAUGGAGUCUGGUGAGAGAACAUCUUAUCUGACACCAAAAGAUGUCCAAGAGUCCAUUGCUGAAGUUCCGAAUGCUGAAACUCUGUCUGAAGCCAGUUCUGCUUUUUAUGUCCCUGUGGUCCCGAGUUCCACAAGUCCAACUGAAGCAGCUGUGGUACAUCCAACACUUGAAAGUGACAAUUCGACUAAUCAGUUGCCAGAAAAUAUUCAGUUGGAAACAUCCGCUUGCGAGACUAAAUGCGCUAUAACAGAAAAUGAGGAGGACAGGGAUGACAGUGAGCUGGACACGGAGCAACUGCUUAAGAGCUUCAAAACCACUAAAAGGAAAUCUUUCCGCAUUGGUGGUCCGAACGUGAAAAGAAGCAAUAGCUUAGACCAAGGGAACACGCAGGGUGCUGCAGCAGAGGAAAACGAUCGUGUUUGUUCUCUUGUUGAAUCUGCAAAAAAACAAACAACAAAGACAUCUGAAAUCGCCAACCAAGAGGCAUUAAGAGACAAUAAAAACUCAUCUUGCAGUGAUUUGAUCUCCCCUUCUAACUCACCCAUGUUUACAAGAAAACAAUUUCAUGAGAGACCAGAUCAAGUGGUGGUCGAAACCUCGAUCCCUGAUACCAGUUGUUCAGGUCAGGACACUGCUGCUGGUAACUGUCUCUUCAGGCGUAGUCUUAGUGCUCUCAGUCCUAAUAAAGUGUCAAAAUGUGAAAUGGAAAGUCCUCAUCUUUCUGUUGUCCCUCAGUUAGUAGAUUCUGGGCUCCGCUUCACAGCCGUUGAACGUGAGGAAGAAAAUGAAGCUUUGAAGAGCUCCCAGAUCUCAAACAGUCAAAUUGAUUGUACAGCGAGGGAUGCCGGUAAAUGGAAGGAUUUGAGAGACAGCAUUUCUACCGGAAAACAUUCAGUCAACACAGCUGAACAUAUCUUAGUUGCACAGCCCUCUUUAACUCCUGAUGGCCUGGUAACACCAGGUUUCCAAAUGGUUCAUGAAACAGGGUCCAACAACACUGGAAGUGCAGAGCCCAGCGCACAUUCCUCCAUAAAGAGCAACCCACGGACAAAUAGAAGGGCUCAGAGGCUUGAGUCCUCAUCCGAGUCCGACUGCAGUAGAUCCAGAGAGGAAUUACCGACGUUGACUCAAAUUUUCGGAACGUCAGCUCCUCCGGCUGCUGUGAUCCAGGAUCGGGGAGACUCCAAUGAAGCUAAUAGAUGCGAGGAUGCGUAUGUUACAGCUGACGCAGCAGAACAGUUGAGCCGUCCACCUGCAUGCCCCAGCCCCGACUGUGUUAAUUCCAGCCAAGCAUCUGUGGACUUGUUUGGCACGCCAGAUGAAUGUGAGGUCCUAGUAAGAGACGCCACUGUUUCAAUGGAAUCAUCACAGUUUUCAAGUGAAGUCCUUGUUACACAGCAAAAGAUAGAAAUGCAGAAGGAGCUGGUGAGGCUGGAAAAGUUGAUGGCUCUGGUGUCAGAGGUGCUGCAAGAAAAGGAGGGCAGUCCUGCAAAAGAAGUUCCCUCAGAAACAAAUCAAAGCAGCAAAACCACAGGCCCCGACGAUGACAGACCCCUCCUGUGUUACCAGGACGCAGGCCAAGAUUCAGAUCGGAAAGAUGUUCCAGAUGCAGAGCGACAUCCCAGCACAAGAGCAUCUGAUGGCAAAGGUGUCACCCAGCCCAGUGUGUCAAAGCCUGGCAGUAUUACAGAGAUGACAGUGCAGCGGUCCACACACACGGGGCUGAGUGUGAAAGGCACUGAAGCCUCCAAGACACGUGGUUCAAGUUCAACAGCCGAAACACUAAAGACCUGUAUGUCACCAUCAGAUGGGAAAGAAGACAAAGAAAACAACACACCUCCAAGAGACAGAAGUAAAGCUAAGAUGGUGUUAGUGUCAUCUGGAUUAGGGCCCAGUGAACAGAUAAUGGUGAAAAAGUUUGCCAAGCGAGUUGGGGCUCUUUUGGUUUCCCAGGUUACACCAGAGGUGACCCAUAUCAUAAUUCGCACAGAUGAACAACUGGUGUGUGAGCGCACACUGAAGUACUUCCUUGGCAUUGCAGGCAGGAAGUGGGUGUUGAGUUUCCAGUGGAUUUCAGAGUGCUUCAAACAAAAGAAAGUCUUAGAUGAGAGUCUCUUUGAAGUGAGAGGUGACGUGGUGAAUGGACCCAACCACCAGGGUCCCUCAAGAGCUCGUACCACUGAAGACAAUAAUCUGCUCCUGAGGGGCUACCGGAUCUGCUUCCAGGGGCCUUUCACAGACAUGACUACAGAUGAAAUGGAGUGGAUGGUGGAGCUCUGUGGAGCAGCUGUAGUUAAAGAUCCAGUUCUGCUCGACAGCAAACAGAAGUCCCAUCAGCUGGUCAUUGUACAGCCUGGGUCAGAGACAUGGUCGUCCACAUACAGCAGUCUCUCCAGACAAGCCACUGUUGUGACACGCGGUUGGCUCUUGGAUACAGUUGCAACCUACAGCCUCCAAAACUACAACAACUACUCAACAUGAGCUGAGGAACCCAGUGUACUACAACCACAGCCAUGUGUUGUCUUCUCAUGAUCUAUUUUACAAAUUCUUUUUAAUGUCAGAUACUGUAACUAAACUGUCAUAGAUUUUAUUGAUAGACUGACAGCUCUGUGAUUUGUAUGUGCAAGACAUGAUGUAUAUAAAGUUUAAUCAAGAGAG